UUCUGUUGUUUGGCUAACAAUGGAUUUGACGCUGGACAAAAAGCUGCAGGGAUUCCAGUUGGUGGCCCAGGAAAAGCUGUGCUCUAUACUAUGUUCGAUACCUGGAAAAAAGGAGUUGAUUUUGGAGCCCGACUUGAUAAAGCCACUGGAACAUGUCGUCACGGCCUCUUGGUUGAAACUGAAGGGCAUUCAGAGGAUCUACAAACACGAUGCGGCGCAGUCUUUACCCCGAUCCGCGGAUCAGGUGCACAUCUAUAUGAUCCGCAGUGUUUUGGGAACCUUUCAGACGUUACUCAAGCAAUUGCAACCCGUGGCCUUGGAGGAGAUGCCGGACAUAUCCCUGAAGAUGUACCACAUAGUCUGUGUGCCCAGUUGCUAUUCCUAUUUCCAAACGCUCCUCGAACAAGCCGGUCUUUAUGGGCUGGUGGAACUUUAUCAUUUCAACUGGGAUUUCAUUUACUUUGAUCAGGGAGUUCUCAGCUUGGAGCUGCCCAAUCUCUAUGAAUGCCUCUACCUCCAGGGAAACACAUCUCCCUUGCCUUCGGCGGCCCAAAGCCUGCGUUUGCUUCAGAUGAUCUGCGGGCAACCCUCUGUGAUCCUGAGCUUUGGCAGAAACUCCUCCCAAUUGCUGCAGAUGCUGAAGGCCCUGGGCAAGCUGCCGGAAUCCACGAAUCCUCCGGAUUACGGCGGUUGGCUUAUAAUUGAUAGGGAUAAGGAUUACCCUGCCAGUUUGCUAACGCCAGCCAUUUAUGCGGGUCUUCUCUUAGAGGUCUUCCAGCUGCGUUCCGGUGAAAUCCUAGUGGACAAUUCAACGAACAAGAUAAGCAGCCAGCGGGUGGAGCUGCUGCAGGGAAAGAAGGGGAAAGGAGUACCUAGCGCGGCCAGCAAACCUUGCUCCAUUCGCCUGAACUCCUCCUCCGAUGAGAUUUACGGCGAUAAUCGCUACAAGAGGUUCGCCCAGGUCAGCAGUUUGAUUCACGCACAAGUCAAGGCCUUGGGCUUGGAACUACAGAAGCUCAACGACAUGCAGCUGGAGGAGAUGCACGACUAUGUGGCCAGAAAGCUGCCCAAACUCACGGAGCUAAAGAGCAAAGUCCUGCGACAUCUGAAUGCCAGCGAGAUUGUGAUCCAAAUGAUGGGCAACUUUAGGAGGCUGCAAACUCUGGAGGAGGACAUACUGAAUAAUGUUUCCAGGAAGCGAUUGCUGGGCGAGAUCGAUGAGCUGAUGACCACCGAUGGUCAGCGGUUCAAUACGCUACGCCUGCUGUGCCUUUUGCAUCAUUGUGUGGGCGUGGCGCCCGAGGAGCUGCAGAUCUUUGCGAGGAACUACUGCAAUCUGUUUGGCCACCGGGAAUUGGGUGUUUUUCAGCAGUUGUCGCAGGCGGGAUUGCUUCCUCCGCUUCUGGCGGAGAAGAAGGCGGCGCCAACCAAGCUGCUGGCCAAUCUGCCGCUGCCCAAAUUCCAGCAAACCGAGUUCCAGGCCAAUGCCAAUCGGCUGAAGCUUCUCACCUCCAGCGGCGAUGGACAGGAUGGAGGUUCCACGUCGAAAAACCAAGCUGCUGGCCUGCAAUCCUGUCCCAGUUUUGUGUUCAACGGCACCUACAUCCCCUUGGUGGCGCAACUGUGCUCUAUAUUGUUAAAAACCAAUAGUGCCGAGGAGUUAUCCGCGAAGCUGGGCAUGAUUGAGGGUUUGCUAUUGCAUCUGGAUGGUGGAAAAACCACGCCGAAGGCUUUUGCCAACCUGCUGAAGGUGAAUGGAGGGGCUGCAGAUCAGGACGUGUUCCCAUUGCGCCUGAGGAAUCUCUUUGUUUUCGUUGUGGGAGGCGCGAGUUAUGCGGAAAUUGCGGCCUGCGAUUUUGUGGCCAAGCUGACGGGCGCCCAAAUAACCGUGGCAUCUGACUCUCUAAUGGCGGGCAGCGAUCUAAUUGCCACCGCUUUCAAUCAUUGACCAUG